AUGGAAGCGUAGUAAAUAAUAAAAACCCUAAGUUAUUUAAUAUAUGGGGGAUAGCAAUAGCUCGAAAAACAUCUUUAGCUAAAAGAAAUAAUUGAUUUAAUACCUGAAUUACAUGAUUAGCCUGAAUAUUAUUCAAUGACAAUUGAAGAUAAAAUUAAAUAUCAAACUUAACAACUAUUGUAAGUCGUAAAAUUAAUCAAGCAGGGAAUCAUUAAGGCAGAAGAUAUUCACCUUCUUUAUGAUUUAUUACCUGAAAGCACAUAGCCAUUAGAAAUUCAUACCAACGUCUUUCUGCCUUACUUUAAAUAUUUAAUUAUGAAAAAUGAUAAAAAACCAUAAUAGGCAUAAGCUCUUAAAUUAGUUAAAGAAUUUGUUUCUUAUUCAUAGAUUGGGAGUGUUUUGAUGGGCGAAUUUCAUACUCAAAGCUACUUUAAAGCCACCCAUGUGAAAGAUAUUACUACUGAACUUACUUAUGAUAGGAGAAGUUGUUCAUAUAUUUUAAAUACUAAAGAAAAUGUAGUAAAAUAUUGUGCUAAUUUUAGUUACGUUUCAAAUUAUGCUAUAGUACUUGCAAAAUUUUCUAAAGAAAAUGGUAUAACAGUUGUGGUGCCAGUUCUUGUUUAGAUUAGAGAUAAAAAUCUUAAACCAGUAUAAGGAGUCAACAUUAAAUACCUAGGAAGAUCUGUUCAUGACAGCUAUAAGGUUGGAGUGGCUUUCUAAAAUUACUAAAUACCUGAAGAUUAAAUUAUUUCAACUAUCCAUCUAGAGAGCUAAGAAUACAUAGCAUUGUUUAACUUUCUUCUAAAAGGAGAAAUAGCCUAAUUAUCUCAUAGCUGUAAAGAUUUGUUAAAGGCUGUUUAUUUAAGUAUUAAAUACACUUAAAUGAGAACUUAGUUUAAAGACACAAAAGACUAAAAAGAAGAAAAGCCUAUUAUAGAUUUCCAAGUUGUUAAUCAGAGAAUUACAAAUGCACUUAGUAUUGGCAUUAUUUACUCAGUUGUUUUAAAUAGAUACUUAUCCUCUUAUUUAAUGCUUAGAGACAAUAUUAAAGAUAGAAAGCUUGCUAUGUCAAUUGUAUUCUUUAAGGGUUUUAGGGGAAGAGCUGAAGAAAAAAUUUUGGAAUAAAUUGAGACUAUUCGUGAGUGCUGUGGAGGUUUUGGAUUUUAAAGAUUCUCAGGAUUUCCAAAUCUCUAUGAAAGAGUAACUACUCGUAUUACUUGUAAUAAUAAUUAUAAAAAAGACAUAAUUGAAAUGGCUUUAACUUAUCUUGGCAAAUAAACAAUUAGCUUCCUCGAUGAGCAACACAUGCUUUUGGAAUUAGAUACAGAAAAAUAUAGAGUUCACUAUUUCAAUAUCGCCAUGAAUGAGCCCACACUAAAAAAAAGACUUUAAGAAUACCAAAAUUUUUCAGAGAAGCAAAUAAGCGACGAUAUCGCCCUCCUAAAAGUAACUCAGUGCUCCAUCAUUUAAAAAAAAUUGUUAUGUGAAAAAAUAUUCCUUGAAAAUGAAAGAAACGUUAUUAAAUCAUAAAGAUAAUUAUUGGAACUCGGAUAUGAGUUGGCUGAUUGUUUUUGCUUAUCUAAAUUUUACGAAGUUCACUUUUUCAAGCUCUACAGACUUGCUUCAAAAGCAAUGAAUUUGGUUUAUGUAAGAUUCUACAUGGAAAAACUAAUGGACAAUUUUUAGAUUAUGAACGAACUUAAUUCUUAAUUAUCAAGGAGCUAAUUAUAUAAUUUAUUCUUGAAGAAAAAGAAUUCAUGCGAAGAAGAAAUAAAAUAAUUAUAUCCCACUUAUUUACAAUCAUUUUAAUUUGAUGGGAUAUUUAAAAAUGUUAUUGUAGGCAGAGAAGAUUAGGAAGAUUUUUACUUGUAAUUAAAAGAUUGGAGUAAAAACAGAAACAAUAGAAAUAACCCAGAGCUAGUAGCUGAGAUUUAAAAUGAGAUUUUACCUCUUCUUACUGCAAAGCCAAAUUUAUGA